CAAUUCAUUAUUCUCGAUUCUAGAAUGAAAUUUCUAAUUUUCUGUGUGGCUUUUUGGUGCGGAGCUACGUUGGCCUUGCCUCAAAGUGAGCUGAUACGAAGACCAGUGUCAGACCAUCGCAUUGUUGGAGGAUUUCAAACGGCCAUACAAACGUUUCCGUAUCAAGUUUCUUUGAUGAGAUCUGGGACUCAUAUUUGUGGAGGAUCAAUUAUAAGCUCAAAAUGGGUUCUAACAGCGGCUCAUUGUACCAAUGGCUAUACCGCGAAUUAUUUUGCCGUUCGCGUUGGUUCUUCUAACAAAAUGAUCGGCGGAGCUAUCGUCGGAAUAAAAACCAUUAUUCAGCAUGAAAAUUUCAACCGGUUCACCAUCGACUUUGACUACGCCCUCCUCGAAUUGGAGCACACCUUGCCCCGAACGAAAAAAAUCCAAAGUAUCGCUCUACCAAAGCAAGGCGCCAAUUUACCAGACAACGUAAAGUUACUCGUAAGUGGCUGGGGCGAUACUCGAAGCAACACAGAAUCGAAAGUAAUUCUACGAGCCGCUACUGUUUUGCACAUCAAUCACGAUAUCUGCAACGGAGCUUAUGCCGAAUUCGGUGGCAUCACAGACCAGAUGAUUUGUGCAGGUUAUCUUGCUCAAGGAGGCCGAGACUCAUGCCAAGGCGAUAGCGGAGGUCCAUUAGCGGGAAAUGGAACUUUAUAUGGCGUCGUUUCAUGGGGAUAUGAUUGUGCAUCGCCCGGCUAUCCAGGAGUCUAUGCGAAAGUUUCUGCUAUUCGUACGUGGAUUGGAGCCAAAACAGGAAUUUAAUUUUCGUAAACAAUUUCAUCAAUUUUUAUAGAAAAAAAAAAAUAAACAGAGAGGAAAUUGCGGGGAAAUGACAAACGCCAUCACA